CACUUUUCAUUUCACUGCACAUCUCGUAUGUGUAUGUGACGAAUAAACUUGACUUGACUUGCUGCCAGCAUCAUCAAAGACACACACCACCCUGGCCAAUCACUUAUCUCGCGCUGCCUUCAGGUAGAAGGUACAGGAGCCUGAAAUCUGCAACAUCCAGGUUCAGGAAUAGCUCUUCCCCACAGCCACCAGGCUAUUAAACUCAACAAACAAAACUCUGAUCAUUAAUAGCCCAUUGCACUUUAUCUGUUUAUUUAUGUGUGUAUAUUCAUUGGUAUAUGAAUCUGAAUCCGAAUCGGAUAUGGUCACACUAGUUCCUUCCCAUUCACUUCUAAUAGAAGGUGUUGCUGUUUAGCAUGCACGGUGUUUCCAGAACCGGUUUGGGAUAUUAGUGCAGGGCGUUAAAUCAUCAAUCUUCUUCUUGCCCAUGGCGUGCACUGCCGAAACAUGUUUUUAGUUAUGUUUGCACGCACGGUGAUAUGUGAUUAGUAUUUUGGAACAAUCCUGCUCUACAACUUCAGGUUCACCCAUAAGGUUGAACCGCUCCUGGCUUCUGGGCCCAAGGCGCAGUCGGCGCCGCGUCUGCAACUAACAUGCGGGAUUACGAUGAAAUUACAGCCUUCCUGGGGGAAUGGGAACCGGCUCAGAAACUCAUCUUCCUGCUCUUGACUGUCAGCGUUAUUCCCAACGGUUUCGCCCCGUUCACUAUCAUCUUUGUCGGGGAUACCCCAAAGCAUCGCUGCUCGAUUCCCGGGAAUCUCAACCUCAGCCAAGCCUGGAUGAACAGAACCAUCCCACUGGUGCCAGGAACCCAAGUCCAGUACAGCCAAUGCAGUCGCUUCCGCUUGGAUGUGAUCAGGAACCUCUCGGAGGUGUUUCCAGACCCAGAUCUCCUCAACGUGUCCGAGAUCGAAGAGGAGCCGUGUUUGGAUGGAUGGGAAUACAGUCAGGACCAGUACACCUCCACCAUCGUCUCCGAGUGGGACUUGGUGUGUGACGAUAAAUGGAAAGAACCAUUUACCACAUCUCUGUACUUUUUCGGAGUGCUGAUAGGUUCUGGUGGUUCUGGGAUAGUAUCAGACAGGUUUGGGAGGAAGAUUGUUUUGUUUGGAUCUAUGGGGGUACAGAUUUUAUUCAAUCUUCUUAUGACAUUGUCACCCAGCUGGGAAAUCUUCUGCCUGAUUAAUUUCUUAAGAGGCAUCGGUGAGGUUUCAAACUAUGUGACUGCGUUUGUGCUUGGAUCUGAAAUUCUACCGAAAUCCAUUCGGGUUACAUACUCUACACUUGGAAUUAGCUGUUUUUAUGCCGUGGGAUACAUGAUGCUGCCUUUUAUUGCCUAUUUCGUGAGAGGAUGGAGAAUGUUGAUAAUGAUCCUGAACCUGAUCUGUUUGCUGUACAUUCCUUUGUGGUGGUUAAGGAUUCUGGGAGUUAAGGAUUCCGGGAGUAAAGGCCCAGGAGCCGUUACUGAGGGAGGAGCGACGUUCGUGUGGUGA